GUGUGGUUUGAUUAUAUGUUACAACGGCCUGCCACCAAUUGCUUCCUUUCUCUUUGGGAAGAAUUUGGCUCCGCCUCUUUGAAAUCCCAUUGGACAAGUAGACCGAGGCGGUGCGAUCUGAUUGGCUCUCAGGAACGUCACUCCACCCGCGAGCUGCGCUUCCUGGUGUGUGUAGCAGCGGAGUGGUGGAUCGAGCUCAGCUGGUGCUCUGCAUCACCCCGACCGAGUUUAUCAGCCAGAAAAGAAGUAAUAUUGGCUCAUGGCGUUCAGGAAAGUCUUGAGACGGACGGCAUUCGUAGGAGGUGGAGCCGUCGCAGCUGCGUUUGGACUGUCGCAGCUGAAGGAGUACCGCAGGGCACAGGCAGGACUGAAGCAGCUUCAGGAAUGUUAUUGCGUGCAGCUGAAAGGCAAAGGUGGAUGCCUGGAUGGGCCCGAUUAGCUCACGUCACAGCCGAGGCUGAGCUGAAGGUCCCGUACGCAGACGAGCUUCCUUCUCGGCAGGCCCAGCUCGCAGCGCUGCGAGACACCGAGGAGUUCGAUGUUCUGGUGGUCGGAGGCGGGGCCACAGGGGCAGGAUGUGCCUUAGACGCCGUCACGCGCAAUUUGAAAACCGCCCUGGUGGAGCGAAGUGACUUCUCUUCAGGCACCAGCAGCCGAAGCACAAAGCUGAUCCACGGUGGAGUCCGAUACCUCCAGAAGGCCAUCAUGCAGUUAGACCAUGAACAGUACCUGAUGGUGAAAGAAGCUCUGCAUGAACGAGCCAACUUGCUGGAAAUUGCACCUCACCUGUCAGCUCCGUUGCCCAUCAUGCUUCCUGUUUACAAAUGGUGGCAGCUGCCUUACUACUGGGCGGGAAUCAAGAUGUACGACUUAGUGGCUGGGAUCCACUGCCUGAAGAGCAGCUAUGUCCUCAGCAAAUCCAAGGCCUUGGAGCUUUUCCCCAUGCUGAAGAAGGACAAGCUGGUGGGAGCCAUUGUCUACUAUGAUGGCCAGCACAAUGAUGCUCGUAUGAACCUGGCCAUCGCCCUCUCUGCUGCUCGUUACGGAGCCGCCGUGGCCAACUAUACCGAAGUGGUCCGGCUGUUAAAGACCAAAGAUCAGCAGAGCGGCAAGGAGAAGGUGUGUGGAGCUCGCUGCAGGGACGUCAUCACAGGGCAGGAGUUUGAUGUGAAGGCCAAGUGUGUGAUUAACGCCACAGGACCGUUCACAGACUCACUGAGGAAGAUGGAUGAGCAGAAAGUGGCAAAUAUCUGCCAGCCCAGCGCUGGAGUUCACAUUGUCAUCCCGGGUUACUACAGUCCAGACAAUAUGGGCCUCCUUGAUCCAGCCACGAGUGACGGUCGUGUCAUCUUCUUCCUGCCCUGGGAGAACAUGACCAUCGCCGGGACCACAGACACCCCCACCAGUGUGACGGCACACCCUAUCCCGGGGGAGGACGACAUCAACUUCAUCCUGACGGAGGUGCGCAACUAUCUGAGCCCUGAUGUGGAAGUUCGCAGAGGAGACGUCCUGGCAGCGUGGAGCGGCAUUCGGCCCCUAGUGACCGACCCAAACUCCAAAGACACUCAGUCCAUCUGCAGGAACCACGUGGUCAGCAUGAGUGACAGUGGGCUGGUCACUAUCGCAGGUGGGAAGUGGACCACCUACAGGUCGAUGGCCGAGGAGACGCUGGACACGGCCGUCAAAGGUCUCGGCCUUACAGCUGAACCCUGCAGGACUGUGGGUCUGAUGCUAGAGGGAGGGAAGGGCUGGACACCAACGCUCUACAUCCGCCUGGUGCAGGACUACGGCCUGGAGAAGGAGGUGGCCCAACAUUUGGCCUCCACCUACGGAGGGAAGGCGUUUGACGUGGCCAAAAUGGCUCAGGUGACAGGACAGAGGUGGCCGAUCGUUGGGAAAAGGCUGGUGUCUGAGUUCCCGUAUAUCGAGGCUGAGGUCCUCUACGCCAUCAAAGAGUACGCCUGCACUGCCAUAGACGUCAUCGCUCGGCGAACACGCCUGGGCUUCCUGAACGUGCAGGCGGCAGACGAAGCGCUCCCACGCAUCGUUCAGAUCAUGGGCAAGGAGCUUAACUGGAGUCAGGAGAAGAAGACGGAGGAACUGGAAGCAGCCAAGAAGUUUUUGUACCAUGAGAUGGGCUACAGGUCUCGGUCCGAGCAGCUCACAAAGACGUCUGAGAUCAACCUGGACUACCAGGAAGUUGUCAGGUACAAGAAGCGCUUCCAUAGGUUCGACAAAGAGACUAAAGGCUUCAUCACCACGGUCGAUGUCCAGAGAGUGCUAGAGAGUAUCAACAUCCACAUUGAUGAAAAUGCUCUGCAUGAAAUCCUUAAUGAGGUGGACCUGAACAAGAACGGACAAGUUGAAAUCGACGAGUUCCUUCAGCUGAUGAGCGCCGUGAAGAAGGGACAAGUGUCCGACAGCCGCCUGGCCAUCCUCAUGAAAACAGCCGAGGAGACUCUGGACAUGAGAGGCCCGGUGACCGUGGACCGGAGCGGGGGCGGAGUCUAAGCCUGAUGGAAACCCAUCGGCAGUGUAAAAGGUGGUGACGAUGACUGAAUAGGUGAGACAAAUGCAAAUGGGACUAUUUGAAUGACAAUAAUGCAAUCAGGGAUGCAAGCAGGAUGAAUUCGGCCGAAUCAAGCCGCACUCCUCCGUGUGUUUUGGGUGAAAUCAUAUCUAAUGACUGAAGUCGGAGAAAAUGUUUGUCUGCCGUCGACGUCUCAUGCCUCUGAAAACACUGAAUGUUUUAUAUCAUCCUUUAAAUCAUGACAUUAUCUUUAGAAACACUCCUUUGUGUGAUCAACACUGAUUGUUGUAUCAACACAAUCAUUGAGCUUCAUUUUAUGCAACCAGUUCUCUAAAUACCUGAAUAUUUCUACAAAAACAACAUAAUUCUUAGACGUUUCAGCUGUUUUUUUAACACAUAAAAUGAAAGGUUUAAAACUGCUACUUAAACAUGACUUAUAUUUAGUUACAUUUCAGAUAUCCCUUAUAAAAUAUUAAAAUAUAUGAAAUAAAAGUGCCAAUUCAGGAGAUAAAAAAGAUACAUAUAUUUGAAUAGGUUUGAAGUAUAUUUUCAGAACCUGUUUUUAAUUUUGAGAUUCAGUUAGAAAAUGUGCAUAACAUAUUGUUAAAUGUUAACUCUUGCUCUUAAAGUAACUCCCUUAGUUUACUCUCUUAUUGGCCGUGGCUGACAAACUGCAAACAUCAUCUGCAAAAGUGUUUUUUUUUUUUAUGUUUCUGAAUGUUCUUGGGCGUUCUUAUUUUCAUUGCUUUAGUGCCACAGGAAUUUUGAACAUUUUUAAAGAAUUUUCUCUAAAAAUAGCUGCAAAAUUGACAGGUAUGUCUCAAACUUGUCUAAACUCUUGUCUGUCUGCACUAAAACACAGUUCUCAUUUCUAAAAAUGUUCCCAUAAACACGACUCCAUCCAUCUGAAAAUAACCCAAACCUUUGUAGUAACUAUGCCAGGCCAGUGUGUGGCACUGUAACGCUGCCACAAGAAAAACAGCAAAAACCAAAGGAGCAAAAAGCAUACAUGCUGGGUUGUAGGUUGGAGUAAAGCUGGGCCUAAUGGCAUCGUUUUCAAAACUUUGCAUGUUAUUUCACUCUUUUCAGAAAUACCCUUUUAGGGCUCUUUUUGUGUAAAAACAGGACUGAAACGACAUAAAAUCUUUGCACAUUUACAAAAUACCAUUUUUAUAUCGAUGGCUCCUUAUACCAUUUUUCCAUUGUCCAGAUUCAAUACGAUCUCUGUGGUUUUUGUUAAUCCCAAAUGUUUCCCUGCAAAAUAAAUGCAUGCAAUUCAUUCCUUAGACCUCCCUAAGACAUAAUAUUUAUGAAUUUUUUCCAUUUUAUGUUGAUUGUGUUUGUGAAAAUGUAGGUUUUGUACUCAGCAACAAUUGUUGCCGGUGGGAAACAGCGCAGUCUAAACCAGGGGUUCCCAAACUCUUCAGCCUUUGACCCUCAAAAUACCAGCAGCAGAGACCUGAGCCCCCAACUGUUGUUGGAUCAUAAACAUUGUUUUCAUGUCAUAAAAAUAGGAGCAUAUUAACAAUAUUCAUUGUUGUGGAAAUAUUCACUAAGGCAGAAACACGUGAAUAAAGGAAGGUGCACUGCGUGGUUUGGUUCCAUAACAGCUAUUUUUGUCCAUUUUAAGUACACUAAC